AUGAGGUGUCUGGCUCUUGGCCUUUUCUGCCUGUUGUGCUGUAACGCAGCGCAGACGUACAGACGCCACCCCAGACCCAUCACAGCAAGAAGCAACACAACUUUCCCAAUCAAAGCAGUUGAGAAUCCAUGUAAAGCCAUCCCGCUGGAUUUCGUCUUUGUCAUUGACAGCUCCAGAAGCAUCCGUCCCAAUGACUAUGAGAAAGUGAAGACCUUCAUCAUCAACCUGCUUCAGUUCCUCGAGAUUGGCCAGAAUGCAACACGGGUCGGUCUGCUGCAGUAUGGCAGUGUGGUCCAGCCCGAGUUCUCCCUCAGCACCUACACCACCAAGAGCGAGGUAGAGCAGGCAGUGAGGAAUAUGGAGCACCUCGCCACAGGGACCAUGACGGGUCUGGCCAUCCAGUACACCAUGGAGACAGCCUUCACUGAGGAACAUGGAGCCCGACCAAUGAACCUACACAUCCCACGAAUUGCUAUGAUUGUGACUGAUGGAAGACCUCAGGACACAGUGGAGGAGAUUGCAGCUCAGGCAAGACAAGCUGGCAUCCAGAUUUUCGCUAUUGGAGUAGGCAGGGUGGAUAUGAACACACUGAGGGCAAUAGGGAGUGAGCCGCACUCGGAGCAUGUGCAUCUGGUGGCCAACUUUAGCCAGAUAGAAACCCUGAUCUCUGUGUUCCAGUCCAAACUGUGUGGAGGUUCAGACAUGUGUGAGGUGGUGGACCAUCAGUGUCAGCAUAUCUGUGUGAGUAGCCCUGCCUCAUACAGGUGCAAGUGCAGGGAAGGAUACAUCCUAAACCCUGAUGGCAAGACAUGUACAGCUGAGGACACGUGUGCUGUGGUGGAUCACGGCUGUGAACACAUCUGUGCAAACCUGCCUCGUGGUUAUGAGUGUCGGUGCCGUCCAGGAUAUCAACUCACCAUAGACCUGAAGACAUGCAACAGAAUAGACCACUGUGACCUGGGGAAUCAUGGCUGUGAGCACAACUGUGUCACCGUUCCAGAGUCCUACAUCUGCACAUGUAAAAGGGGCUACGUCCUCAAUCUCGAUGGCAAAACCUGCAGCAAAAUCGAUCACUGCGCCGAUGGCACCCAUGGAUGUGAGCAGGAGUUUAUGAACACAGAAGACAGCUGUGUAUGCAAAUGCAGAAAAGGCUACACACUCAGACCUGAUGGGAAAACCUGCCAAAAGAUCGAUCACUGCGCUGAUGGCACCCACGGAUGUGAGCAGGAGUUUAUGAACACAGAAGACAGCUGUGUGUGCAAAUGCAGGAAAGGCUACACACUUGAAUCUGAUGGGAAAACCUGCAAAAAGAUCGAUCACUGCACUGAUGGCGCCCACAGAUGUGAGCAGGAGUUUAUGAGCACAGAAGACAGCUGUGUGUGUAAAUGCAGGAAAGGCCACACACUCAGAUCUGAUGGGAAAACCUGCAAAAAGAUCGAUCACUGCGCCGAUGGCACCCACGGAUGUGAGCAGGAGUUUAUGAGCACUGAAGACAGCUGUGUGUGCAAAUGCAGGAAAGGCUACUCACUCAGACCUGAUGGGAAAACAUGUCAGAGUCUGGAUCUGUGUCAGACGGUGCAUCAUGGCUGUGAGCAUCAGUGUGUCAGCACCAAUGAUUCGUACAUCUGUAGAUGUUUUGAAGGAUUCAUGCUGGCUGAGGAUGGGAAGAGCUGCAAAAAACUCGAGUGCAGCGAAGGAGUCAUGGAUCUUGUGUUUGUGAUCGACGGCUCCAAGAGUCUGGGCCCCAACAACUUUGAGUUGGUCAAGCAGUUUGUAAACAGCAUUGUGGACUCGCUGGACAUUUCCAAGACAGGCACUCAUGUGGGUCUUCUUCAGUACUCCACCAAGGUGCGCACAGAGUUCACCUUGGGCCAGUACUCCACAGCACAACACAUCAAAAGUGCCGUGAACAGGAUGCAGUACAUGGGAAGGGGUUCCAUGACUGGCUCAGCCCUGCGCCACAUGUUUGAGUCUAGUUUUUCAACCAAAGAGGGCGCCAGGUUCAACAUUCCCCGUGUCAGCAUCGUGUUCACUGAUGGAAGAUCACAAGAUGAUGUUUCUGAAUGGGCCACUAAAGCAAAGAAUUCCGGGAUCACGAUAUACGCUUUGGGAGUUGGCAAAGCCAUCGAACAGGAGCUGAGAGAAAUUGCGUCGGAGCCAGAUGAGAAGCACUUGUAUUACGCUGAGGAUUUUGAAAAAAUGGCAGAAAUUACAAAGAAACUCAAGUCCAGGAUAUGUGCAGAUAAACCAUCUGAUGAAAACAUGUGCCAGUGUGAAAACGUGAUAAUGUUUCAAAACCAAGUCACAGAGAAGCUGAAGAGCCUGGUUCAGAAUAAUAUCCUUUUGUGCUCACUGCACAGUUACUAA